UGGUUUUAUGAACCACUCUACUACAUAGUCUUAAAUAUUAAUUCUAUUCUAGGCUCAAGUUCGGCCUGGUGGAACGAAGUUACAUGCACCGGACUCUUUUCGCUUGGGUUGGGACUAUUCUUGCUUGCACUGAAUUGCCUAAUUAGUCGCAAAGAGGAAGAAGAUCUCGAAGACUAUGUGCAAAGGCAAUUAACCAGAUCAAGAUCUGGCCAUCGUCUGGAACGUGAUGUAGAAACGGGUGUUCUUACCACGCGUCAUGCACGCAAAGCUGUGGCACUACAAAAGAACUUGCGCAAUGGAGCUGCCACUGAUGUUGCACUAGUCAACAGUACGUCGGCGGAAGAAGUAGCAAAUGGUCCGUUGACAGGACACAACUGUUUAGCCAAUACCGGUGAUAUAGUGCUCGAAAAAAUUGUGGAGGAGGAUAAUACGUACAUAAACGAUCGAAGCUCUGGCAUAUCGCCAAUGGAGAUUGAGAAUGACACAAAACAAUUGCUGAGGAGGGAAUCAUUAAAUGAAACAAUCAAUAUAACACGAAUAUAAAAAUUAAUGAAUUAGACUUAGAUAUUUAUUAAAAAAUUACU